AUGGCGGCUUCGACCAAAUCUCCUCUCUCUAUUGUUCUUGUUGUUCUUAUUGUUCUUGUUUCAGUUCUUGGCGGUUCUUCAUCCAAAGCCCCUUCACUCAAAGCGUGCAUGAUCGACGCUAUCUAUCAAGUGGGCGACUCAAUUUCGGACACUGGAAACCUUAUUCUUCAGAACCCCAACACCCCAUUUUCUCAUCUUCCUUACGGUGAAACAUUCUUCAACAAAUCCACUGGUCGCUGCUCCAAUGGUCUUCUCAUGAUUGAUUACUUUGCUAUGGAUGCUGGACUUCCAUUGGUGAACCCUUAUUUGAACAAAGAUGCAUUGACAAGGCAUGGAGUGAAUUUUGCAGUGGCUGGUUCUACGGCUUUAUCUUUUGAAGCUCUUUCUCAGAAGAAAAUCUCAUCUCUAGUCACUAACUCUUCUCUCGACCAACAACUUGAUUGGAUGUUCUCUCAUUUCAAUUCCAUUUGCUACGACCAAAAAGAUUGCAUUGAGAAAUUAAAGAACGCUUUAUUCUUGGUGGGGGAAAUCGGUGGAAACGAUUAUAAUUAUGCUUUGCUCCAAGGCAAAACUAUUCAAGAGGUGAAAGAUAUGGUGCCCGAAGUGGUUCAAACCAUAAAGAAAGCCAUUGAGAGAGUGAUAAGCUAUGAUGCUAUUCGUGUGGUUGUUCCUGGAAACUUUCCAAUUGGAUGUUUACCCAUCUACCUGACUAGAUUCCAAAUUAAUGAUGCAACUGCUUACGAUGAACUUCAUUGUUUGAAAGAUUUGAAUGGCUUGGCUAUUUAUCACAAUGAUCAAAUUAAGCAAGUUAUCGAAGUCCUCAAGAAAGAGAAUCCACACACUGUAAUUGUAUAUGGUGACUACUAUAAUGCAUUGCUGUGGAUUCUUCAGAGUGCUUCUACACUCGGGUUUGAUAAAACUUCUUUGCAAAAAUCAUGUUGCGGGAUUGGAGGAGACUAUAACUUCGACCUUAUGAAGGCGUGCGGAGUUAGUGGAGUAUCAGUUUGUUCAAAUCCAGAUGAACGUGUUAGUUGGGAUGGAAUCCAUUUCACUCAAAAGGCUUACAAAUUCAUGGCAGAUUGGCUCAUUCAAGACAUACUUCCACAACUUCAUUGCAUUGUUUGA